CUAUACUUUUUCUUCAGCUGUUUUCCGAGUAAUACGAUCACUACGGUGAUCCAAACAGAGCCUCAGAUCACCCCCACGCGGAUCUCAUUGUUUCACGUGGACAAGGAUAAUGACACGCAAGCUUCGGUCCAAAUCAUCCGUAUCAGUACUGCUGUUGCCCCUUCUCCUCUUCCUUUCACCAUCCGAGUCGUUUUCGAUUUCGUCAAAGGAUACAGUUCGAACGACAGGGAGAAACCGCAAUCCAUUGGGGAUGACGAAUAGUGCGGACGACGGUGGAGAAACACAGCAGCAGCGACGAUUGUUUGCCGGAUUUGAUCUCGGGACUUCUGGGUGCAGGGUGUCGAUCAUCGAGGCAUCGCCUACCGGUGGUUUWUGCGAAGUCUACAACGACUCUGUGACGUGGAAGGAAUGCGGAAAAGCAAAUGGCGCCGAUGUCGAGGAAGGCCGGUACGACGAUCCCGGAUCCUGGUGGAUUGCCAUCGAUGCCCUCUUGAAGGGCUGUGCAUCGACUUCGUCUUCUUUGGUGGAUUCCAUUGCGAGCAUUUGUGUUUCGGGCACAUCCGCCAGUUGCCUGAUGGUGGAUCGAAACACACUGGAAGUGACAAGGAAUCCACGAAUGUACAACUAUGACGUUGUCACAUCGUCGUCCUCCAUGGACGAUACGAGCGGAGUGCGGGCUGUGGAAUUGUUGGAAAAACAUCUCCCUCCGAAGCACACCGCACGAUCCAGCACCGGGUCCUUUGCAAAGCUCGUAAAGUGGAUAUUGCAAUCGCCCCUGAAACGGAGCGAGGUUUUGUGUCACCAAUCCGAUUACAUCUCCACAAAAUUGAUGUUCAACRCAAAGAGAACAACGCAGAUUCAGCCACAGAGUGACUGGCAGAACUGCCUCAAACUUGGAUACGAUGUGCGAAACCUGUGCUGGCCGUUGGAAGAUUGGAUGGAAUCGUGCUUGAAGGAUGCAAUGGUGAUUUCCGGGGAUGGYAUCGAGACGACUGGAGAUAACAGCGAGGAAGAUCGURUGCUARGGAUUUUACCGACCAAAGUUGUUUCCCCCGGAGCACCGCUGGGAUGCAUUAGCGAAACAGCAGCGGACGAACUGGGAUUGUCCAGGGACGUGACAAUAGUUGGUGGAACGACCGAUUCGAAUGCGGCAUUCUAUGCGGCUGCGGCAUCCGGGUCUAUAUCUUGCUCCGGCAGCGGCAUCGACGACGGCAUCACGAUACCUUAUGGGACCGCCGUUACCAGCCUCGGAAGCACGACGGCCAUCAAGUUCCUGUCAAAGACCUACGUGGAAGACUCUACCCUGGGUGUGUACAGCCAUCGGUUUCCGGCGAGGGAAAUUUUCUCGACCACGACCGCAAACGAGGCCGGCAACCAGGCCGAUCUCGACCAAGGCCAACACGAAGAAGCGUGGCUUGUGGGCGGGGCUAGCAACGUUGGUUGUGCGGUCUUCCGGGCUCUGGAUUUCACCGACGACGAACUGAAAAGCCGGAGCGCGGACAUCGAUCCUUCUACGGAUUCCGAGGCGUAUCUGCGGUACAAGUACUACCCAUUGCUGCCCGGGAAAGUCGGAGAACGAUUUCCUACGGCAGAUGCCACCAAGAAAUCGGUCUUGGAACCGAUUCCCGCAGACACUUCURGCGAUUCCAGGACSGAGUACCUGAAGGGUUUGUUUCAGAGCAUUACCACCGAGGUCGAACGYAAAGGAUACGAAGUCUUGCGGGAUUUGGGCGCUUCCCCGCCCUUUCCUACAGUCAUCACGACCGCCGGCGGUGGAUCGAAAAACCCGGUUUGGACCUCGCUGAGGGAACGGAUAAUGAACGAUGGCGUUGACAGCGGUGGCAGCAUGGUAGCCGUCAAAAAAGCCGAAAACUCCGAAGCAAGCUACGGAGCCGCGUUGCUUGCUGCCGCUGGAAUCCGUCUGCGAAAAUAGAAWGAUUCGUUGAGGGAGCCUACGGWGCAAUACCGAAAUCAUUUCAAACCUAGAAAUAGAUUGUAUUUGAUAUG